AUGACAUCAGCUAGUGGAAAGUUGGAUAUAUUUGACGAACCCCUAUUCGACAAUUCGCUUGUUAGUCUGCAUGAACACACAUACAAACCAUAUGGAUCACCAUAUUACAGAAAUUCGGAUGAAAUACGAAUUCCCAUCCAUUUCCAAGAUCUUAUUCUUGAUAUUGCCGAAAGUUACAUAUAUAUAGAAGGUAAAUUUACACCUAGCGAGGCCAACAAAGUCUGUUACCUAUCUAACAAUGCGCUGGCAUUUCUUUUUGACGAGAUUCGCUACGAAAUGGGUGGAGAACAAGUAACUGUAAUCCGAAAACCGGGUAUAACAACUACGAUGAAAACCAUGGUGUCAUGGGGGGCAACACAUUUAAAAACGCUGCUAUCUUAUGGAUGGGGGCUAACGCAAGAAGAUCAGGAUCUUUUGGAUACCACCAGUCAUGUUUUUAGUGGGAAAUUACCUCUAAAAUAUCUCAUGGGGUUUGCCGAAGAUUAUACUAGAGGGGUCCUCAAUGCCAAACAAGAGCUUAUACUGAUAAUUGCUCGAUCUUUCAAGAACUGUUAUUUGGGAGAGGUAGAUGCCGACCUUGAAAUUAACAAAAUCGAGUGGAAGAUAAGACACAUCGUUCCCGAAGAUAAACAAGUUGAAGCUGUUAAAUCGCAUUAA